AUGAAAACGAGUGUGUGCGGAGAAUCGAGCGGUCUGGGACUAAGUGGGGUAUUGUCAGUGUUAUACACAGACGGGGGACAGCAGACGAGUCUUGAGGGCUGCAGCGCGAAGGUGGCAGUAAUUGAUGGCCUUGGGAGCCAGGUGGAGGUUCUGGUCGUGGCGGACCCGAAGGACCUUGCAAAGCCGCGUUCAAAGUUCGACCUUACACAAGAUAGCGUGAGACUGUUAGUUCUGCCGCCACAAGAUCUCGACGAGUACCUAGGUGAAGAUAAAGAUGUUUCCCUGUUCGGGCUCGAGAACGAGUGCCGACAUAACACGAAGAGCAGAAGCGAUCCCGAGGAAUCAGUUGCGCAGCUUGAGACGCGAGCGACAGACUAUCAACGAGCCGUGGACUCCUUCGCGACUAAUGUUUGGCACGGGUUGACGGCGCCCAAGAACCCGCUUGACGCGUUGAAUGAACACGUCGCUGACCAAAUCUUCCAAGACAUCAUGCCGAGGACUAUGGCGCCGGCGCGACCCGUGGAAGGGGCUCGGCGAGCCUUUAUAAAGGAGUGGCGGUCUGUAACUAGGGAGGACUACGACUUGCUCUGGAAGCAACACUUCAAUCCCCGGGAAAUUAAGUCGAAAACGCAGGAGGCCGAACACGCUGACCUGGCGGCUUUGAACAAGACUGUGUUCCGAGCCAUCGCUCCCGGGAAGUCGCCGCGCUCCUGGUCCAGCGUCCUGGGCCAGAGAGCGGUGGAAUAUGGUGGUGUGCUCCUCGGAGCCCUGGCCGUCGAGCGCUUGCUUGCCACACUGGGCUACUUGGACGACGUCUGGUCCGGCAAUGACUUUGUUGUAAAAAACGGCUCCGCAGUGGCCCCGAAGGCGCACGCUCUGCGUCGGGGACUGACGUCUGCAUUCAGUUGUGAAAAGCUGCCGGACGUGGAUUUGUCGUCGUUGUAUUGGGACCAUCUGUUUCGAGAUACCGCAUCGGGAUGGGACUUGAUGACCUUCCGAACACCUCUUGACAAGUGCAGGAAAUGGGCUAGCAAAUCAUAUACAGUAGACUACACAGCCAUCAGUCCGGAGCUUGCACUUGAAUACCCCCAAGCCGCCUUGCACUGCGGUAGCAGUUACGAGAACGCAACGUUGAUCUGUCGCAACUUAGGAGUCGCCACCCCGCAGUGUUUUGACUUCAUUUCACGAGACGGAGGCCCAAGAGGUCUGGAACUCAUUAUGGGAAUGCUGGGUAGAAUCUUUCGUCCCUCAGGCAAUGAAGAGUGUGUGGUGCGGUGUCACCUCCCUCAGUUCGACAGAUCAAGGGACCUUGCCCGGUACAACGGAGAGUUGCGGGCGCAUGCAGCAAAGCGCUUACCCGAGCGGGACCAAGUCCGGAAAUUGCGUCGAGAACGGAAUAUAACGAAGUGGAUUGCCCAUGACGCGUGCACUCCGCAAGGGCUCCAAAAGUUCGUGCAAUCUGUUAAGCAGAAAUACCCGCCAGGGUCCCUCCCCUACUUCAAGCAAGAGCUUAGUUCCUUGUGGUUCAAAGCACCUUGCGGUAGCGGCGUCUGGACGCAAGGCGAUCCGUUCCCUACGUGCACGUGUCCAAGGCUUAGCAUAACCUGCUCCAUGUCUGACCGCGUGCGACACUUGUACGAUGUCACUGUCGACUUUCACAACGAAACCAGCCAACACGCAUUCGACCAGAUGACAACGCCCCGUAUGGGUAUGGAAGUCAUGCAAAACAUGGAAGCCAAACGCUGCCUGUAUGAUUGUUUUACUCAGAUCUCUCCUGAUUGA